AAGCAGCAGUCUGUUCAGGAUAGCAAUAAGAUAUAUUUUUUGUCAGUGUUUGCCGCUGCUGAGACUAAAAUGUCUGACAUUUGCUAAAUGUUUAGUCACGAGACUGUUUGGUAUUAGUUUGGCUACAUAUCUCCAACUCAGAGAAUAGGAGCUGUCAGACGAAACAAAUAAAAAAAAUCGUCUUUGAUGAUAAUCCGUCUGACCCCCACCCACAUCGAACCUUUAAAUGUAUUUAUGGGCUUGAGGUUCGCAUACUUCUUAUACAUUCACACUAUAAUGUUCAAUUCUGAGUGAUUGCAGCAGUAUCACACAAAUGUAACAAGAACCACAAACAAGACCUGCCUGCAUCAUUAGCAGACAGCGCGACCUAGAAACCACUAACAUUGUUUAGGGUUAUUCCAAAGCCGCCGGCUCAGACUGUGUUUCUCGGCAGUGACGUUGCACGUAAACGUGUAUUGGUGACAUCACUGUUCAGUGUGUAGUAAGAACGUCAGCGAAGGCUGUGUAUUAGGGUCUGGCUGGAUAUGCUUGAUGGUGGAGUGUGUUAUAAAGAAGGUGGUCGUGAAAGGAAGAAUCAACGAAAAAAAGAUUGUAAAUGGUAAAUCUUGGGCUGAAGUGAGGACCAUCAUUGCAAACAACAAACCCCGCUGUACGUUUUUGCUGUUUUGCACUGACUGAUUUCUGGAAAACGUGGUCUGUGCAUAUUGAGUUUAGUCUAGUCUAAUAUAAUCUUGGAUGUCUUGUUACCUGCAUUAAAACACAUUUAUUGGAUUUUCAUUUACGGUGGUUGAUCUUUACAAACAUAUUUGAUUUAACUAGUUGGUUUGGUGUUUGUCUCCUAAUUAUUCUUAAAACGUCUGCCUGUUUUUAAACUUCAUAGAACAAUUACACUGGAUUAUCUGUAGCACCAUUUCAAGCAUCUCCCCCUGUAAAUAUCAAAACACGUUUGGAAUGAUAUCUUGUUCAAAUGUAAACUUUUAUAGAAAUGCAAAACAGGCAUAUAGUACAGUAGAAUGACUUGCCGAGAAGCUGCCCAGCUGCAACAGUCCGUCUUCUUACACAAAAUUGAGAUUAAAAGUCAUCCGCACAAGCAAAAAAUCUGACAUCUCAAGGACCAGAUGGUUUUACAGGUAUCUGAGGUGUGAUUUAUCGUGUUUUAUUUGAUUAAGAAAAAGCACUUACUUAACUUGAACUUAAACCUACCCUGGCAAAACUGAUUUGAACUGUUCCACUUUACUAAAAUUUGUUCAGACUCUGUUUUAGAUAGCUUGUCUGUGCUUUUUUUUCUCCCUGUUUAAAGCCAAAUGGUUCAAGUAUGCUUAUUGAAGCAGAUCAAGAACUCUGAUACUUAAAAAAAAAAAAAAAAAAGGAAAGAAAAACAGUAUUUUUCCUCAAAAUGGAGAGUGCUGAAGUUACUUCAAAUACCAUUUUUCAGGAAAGUCCUUUUGGUGGUUCUUCUAUGAAGAAAAUAAGUAAAAUUAGAAAUGAAGAAACUCCUCUCAAAAAACGAGUGCUUGCAGAAGCUGGUGUUAAUGGCAAAAUGUGUGAAGGUAUAUGCAGCUCUCCUGUCAUAAAAAAAGAACGUGAUGAGGAUGCUGAAUCUUCAGUAGAUGCUAAUGGUGAUGGUUGCAAAGGGAUGUUUGUUUCUGGAGCGGGCCCACUAGACUUAAAUCCAGGCUUAAAACAUACAUUGGCACAGUUUCACCUAAGCAGUCAGAGCUCUCUUGGUGGACCUGCAGCUUUUUCUGCACGCUAUGCUCAGGAGUGCAUGUCUUCUCCAGUUAUUUUGCCACUUUCUUCUCCUCAGAUUCUUCCUGGACCAUUGCUUAUUCCUUCAGACAGUUCAACAGAGCUUACUGUUACUUCACUUGAAGGAGAGUCUAUUUCCUGUUUCAUGGUUGGUGGUGAGAAAAGGUUGUGUCUUCCUCAAGUGUUAAAUUCUGUUCUUCGUGACUUUUCUCUUCAGCAGAUUAACACAGUCUGUGAUGAGUUGUAUAUAUAUUGUUCCAGAUGCACAGCCGAUCAGCUCCAGAUAUUAAAAGUUUUGGGAAUCUUGCCAUUUAAUGCACCAUCUUGUGGACUAAUCACCUUAACUGAUGCACAACGACUUUGUAAUGCUCUUUUGCGUCCGAGGACCUUCCCCCAGAAUGGCAGUAUUCUCCCUGGGAAAAACUCCUUGGCUCAGUUGAAGGAAACUGGCAGUGCAUUUGAGGUAGAACAUGAGUGCUUAGGCAAGUGCCAGGGCUUGUUUGUGCCACAGCUGUAUACCCAGCCUGACGCUCCAUGCAUACAGUGUUUGGAAUGUUAUGGGAUUUUCUCACCUCAGAAAUUUGUGAUGCAUUCUCAUAGGUCACCAGAUAAACGGACCUGUCACUGGGGGUUUGAUUCAGCAAAAUGGCAUUGCUACCUCCACCUUAGUAGAAAAUAUUUGGAAACUCCAGAAGCAAAAUUGUUCCAGUGUCAGCUGGAUGAAAUGAAGGAGAAGUUUAACUUCAGUAAACAGAAAAGAAAAGCCAUAAAAGGUUGUUCUGAUGAUGGCCAAAUAAAGAAGGGGAAAUUUGAACUUUCUGGUGUGAAGCACAAAACAUUGGAGAUUGACUUUGUAAAAAAGGUAGAUCCCCAACCAGAUUUAACAGUCCAAGACUGGUAUCCAGUUUUAAAACAAGAAACCAAUCAUAUUGGUGAAUCACAUUCUAGCAUGCAUCCUAGUUAUUACCUGUACAUGUGUGACAAAGUGGUUGCCCCAAAUGUUUCCCUUUCAUCCUCUCCAAUGCACUGUCGAGAUGAUGGAAGACAAACUGGUGUUGUUUCAGAAUUGAACAAAGUAUCUGACCAAUCUCCAAGGCAGAAAAGUAGUGAUAAAGAAAAUGUUUCUUAUCCUGAGGUAUCGCUGGAAGAGCAGGAGAAAGCUGACCUAAAGUUAGUGGCAAAAAAAAGCAGCCAGUCAGAUCUUUGUGUGUCGGGCAGUACUACAGAUCAAGUGAAAUCUGAACAUAGUGGUGAACACAGCCCUUUGGAUGUUUCUAUGGAAACUAGCCAUUCUGAGAAAAAAGAUAACACAAGGACCUUGAACCAAACUCUUAUCAAGGACAGUAGUGAAGAUGACAAGAACAGAAUCAUGGAGGAAGUAAUGACCAUGUACAUUAAACAGCAAGAAAGGCUGAAUAUCAUUUUACAGAAGAAGAGGCAACUGCAGAUGGAAGUAGAGACCCUCAACAGUUCCAAAGCUCUCAGGGAGCUGACGGUUGAUCAGAGGAGUUUGCAGAGAGAACUUGAGUCAUUGCAAAGUGAGCAUGCCCAGAAGAUGGAUGAGUUACGCGAUGAGCAGUCUGAGCUGGAACGAAGACUACAGCAGCUGGUGCAUCAGAACUGUGCCUGUGACACAAAUUCGGAAAAAGAAAGGGAGGCAGAGUAUGCUGCACAGCUUGCAGAACUGAGGCAAAGGCUGGACCAUGCUGAAGCAGAUCGUCGUGAGCUCCAGGAAGAACUCAGACGGGAACGAGAAGCAAGAGAAAAGCUGGAGAUGAUGAUCAAAGAGUUGAGGCUUCAGAUAUUUGAGACUUCAAAGAAGAAUAAAGACUGAGUAUAUUCAAUGAAGAACUUAAAAAAAAUUGAGUUUUUUUAACUGCAAUGUGACCAACUGUAUUGUCUGGUUAAAACAAAAUUAUUUUACUGAAGUAAGCAUGUUGAGUUGAGGAUGGUGAGGCCUGUUGGUAAGCAUUCAGAAAUGUUUCUUAAUUAUUAUUAUUUUUAUUAUUUUUUUAAGUUUUGUUUACUUUGUUACAACAAGUGAUAAUUGAAACUCCUCUGUUUAAAGCAGUAGGUUCCACAGUCGGUGACUUAUGUACCCUUUUUAUAAAAGGGAGUUGCUGAAAGUUUAAUAAAAAUGUGAAGUAUUGUAUUUACUAUAAUGAUUAUCUAUAGAAGCUCCAGUGAGUUGGAGCCUAGGAUGACCAUAUACUUAUGCAGAAAUGUUAUAAGAGCAAAAAACUUAAAAAAAAAAAAAAAAAAAAAAAUAAUCUUGACAACCGCAGGCUACCAGCAUUUUAUCUUUUAGAAAUGUGCAGCAGGUAACAAGACAUUUGUGACAUCUUUCCUGAAGGAUGAUAGUGAAGUAAUUGUGCGCCAAGAGGAUGAACUUUUAAUUUAUUAUCCCCCAUGUUUCUGUAUUUAGAUGCUCAGAUGUGACAUCUGAUGUUUGUCUGUGUGUGUGUGUGUGUGUGUGUGCACACAUUUGUGUUUAGUAUAAAUAUAUACAUACAGACAUUACAUACAUUUAUGUAUGUGCAGAAACGCACUUGUAUGCAUAUAAACAUAGACGUGUAUGUAUUUUGUGUGUAUACAUAUCACACCGACAUAAGGCACAGCAAGUUUUAGAAUGUGUGCACUGUUGAAUUACUGUACUAAUAUGCACAGAAUGUGUGUAAAGGUGUGUAUGUGUGUAUAGAGGACUACAGUGCUUACUUGGCCUGUUUUGGAAUAUUGACUGCAGUGAGUCAGGAUAUGUCUUGCUACUGUAUAUUCUGCACAGCACUUAACUGGCUCUCAAAUACCACAAUAGCUUCCCUUAUGGCACCUCACCACUAAAAAUUGUGAUAACUUCAGCCAGGGACCUAAUGAUGUCAGCUUGAACCACUGAUGAAAUUGCAUUGUCUUAUGUGGAUAUUAUUUAUAUAUACUAAACAAACUGGCUGCUUUUUGCUUGUAGCAGUCUGCGAUUUUUAUUAUUGUCUUAAUAUUUGGCCAAUUUAGUAGUAUCAUCAUGUAAAAUAACUGGGACUCUCUUUAACUGGUGCUUGUCACUUCCCUUUGACUGUUUGCAUAGAAUUCCCCCUUUCCAGUAGGUUCGUUUAUUUCACAGUACACAUUAAAUUUUUUGUUACAGUAGAUUUUUCAAAGUACCAUUUUUGGCAGACGACACUGUUUUGAAAUGUUUUUAUUUGAUUUCCCCCUUCCACUUUUCCUUGAGAGCUUAACAGGUAAUUUGUGAUGCUGUAAGAUAAAUGUUUGUUGUCUCACAAUUUUUCCAUUUGAUAGGAAAUUACAGUUAUUUAGACUGUUUCAUAUUUUUAUAAAGAUUUAAAAUAACAUAAAAUUUGCAUAGUGUGCCAUAAACUUUAACAGAAUGUUCAUAGGCAUUAAACACUAGUUUACAAGUAAUAAAUACAUAACUGU